AUGUCGUACAUCUCUUCCUCCAUUAUCGGAACCACCACAGCGUUCUCCAUCCGCUUCUCAACUCCUCCUUCCAAAUUCAGCUCGCUCCCCACGUUACCCACUUCUUCUUCUUCCUUUUACCGGCGGGCUUCGUCGUCCUUUUGGCGGAGUAAAGCGGUUAAGCUACUCCCCUGUAGGUCGUCGGAGUUGGACGACGCGGCGGCGGCGGGCGAGGAGGAGGAGGAGGACGACCAUUGGCGGAAGAGGGCUCCGGACAAGAAGAAGCCGCUCUACUCGCACAGCCUGCCUUGCAUCGAGGCUUGGCUCGAGGAACUGGGGUUUCACCAGAGCAAAGAAGACCGCGCCGUUUGGUUGGUGGAGAAGCCCGACUGGCACGCUCAGCUCUCGCUCGACAUGACCGACCUUUACAUCAGGUACUUGAAGAGUGGACCGGGGAGCCUCGAGAAGGAUGUCGAGAGGAGGUUCAGUUAUGCUUUGAGUAGGGAAGAUAUAGAGAACGCUGUUCUUGGAGGACCUUAG